AUGCAGGUCGCAAAGGGGCAGGCCGAGCUGGGACGCAAGGCCAAGCUUGCCCGUUCAUACCAAGAACUUCUCGAUGAGUUCGCAGGCAAGGAACUCAAGUCCGUCGGUACCUACCAACUCGGUCGUUUAAUCGGAAAGGGCUCCUUUGGAAAGGUCUACUUGGCCUCCCACAAACUUACCAAUGGCUCCAAGGUCGUCCUCAAGUCAGCCAACAAGGGCGAUUCCAACCUUGCCCGCGAGAUCCACCACCACCGACAGUUCGUCCACCCACACAUAGCAAGACUGUACGAAGUUAUUGUGACGGAGAAUAUGGUCUGGAUGGUUCUCGAGUACUGUGCUGGCGAUGAACUAUACAACCACCUCCUCGAACACGGCCCGCUACCCGUUGCCAAGGUUCAGAAGAUCUUUGCUCAGCUUGUCGGUGCUGUCUCUUACGUCCACAACCACUCUUGCGUUCAUCGUGAUUUGAAGCUUGAGAACAUCCUGUUCGACACGCAAGAAAAUGUCAAAUUGGUGGAUUUUGGCUUCACACGAGAGUACGAAGGCAGGACCAACCAUCUCCAGACCUUUUGCGGCACCAUCUGCUAUUCAGCACCCGAGAUGCUCAAGGGCGAAAAGUACGCUGGCGAGAAGGUGGAUGUUUGGAGCUUGGGCAUCAUUCUCUACGCUCUCCUCUGUGGAGAGCUACCAUUCGACGACGACGACGAUAAUGUGACCCGGACCAAGAUUCUAUCCGAUGAACCCAAAUUCCCUGAUCACCUACCCCCCGAUGCGAUACCGUUGAUAAAGGGCCUCUUGUCCAAAAGACCUCUGUUGCGGCCAACCUUGCCUGAUGUUCUUGCGCAUCCUUUCCUGGCCGAACAUGCGCCAGCACAGCGAGCUAUUCUCGAUAUCAAGCCAACCGCACCCUUUGCAACGGCUUUGGAGAAGGAUUGUCUACAUCGAAUGCGAAGUGCUGGAGUCAAUAUGGAUUCAGUCAUCGAAAGCGUCUUGGCGCAGAAGUGUGAUGCCCUGGCUGGAUGGUGGGCCCUCCUUCUCGAGAAGGAAGAGCGCAAGGCCGCGAGGAGAGAGAAGAAGCGAAAGGAGAGACGCCUCUCCGCGGCAUCGAGUCGCCUGGAACGGAUUACGCUGCACGACGUUGACGAAGACGGAGGCUUGACACAACAGUUUCUCAAGCUGGAGCAUUCCAAGUCGCAGGGGCGCGGCCGGAGCAAGCGGAGGAGUGCACAUUACUCCGAUUACGUCGUGGAUCUGCCUCAGCUGCUGGAGGUCGGAAAGGAGCCUGGUGGUGCAAAUGCAGACGGCGACCACCCUCCCCCUCCCAUCGACAAGGAUUCAAUACGAUCCGUUUCAACGUCUCGCCAGCGACGACCCAUUCCACCACCAAAAGAGGGACUCAUACGCAGCGCUCGGUCUCGAGGCUCGACCCUCCAUCUCGUUACCACAUCCAACGCCCUCGAAUCGAAUGGCUCGCACCAAUCAAGCCAAGAUACCGGGACGCAAAAACCGAAAAGGAAACCAAGCCAAGCCAUCAUCUCACACUGGAAGAACUGGACACAUUGGUUUAUUGAGAAUACGACGAGGAGGAAGAAGGGGCACGAACGACGAACCAGCCGGAGCACACCGGAUCUCCAUAAGAAGGAGGGCAGCGCCAUGAGUAGUAAAGACGGAGGUUCAAGGCCUCAGACAAGCAAGUAUCCGGCCUCGGGCUCACCCCGGAUCCAACCAACGGCGGGGCUCCCGAAGGGAGUUGUGGCUAAUGGCCAUGCUAAGGGGUAUGCUCAACUUCAGGUUGGCAAUGGUUAUGGAGCAGUGUCUUCGUCCUUGGCGUCGCCCACUCACCCGGCUCCCCGGAUAAGCUCACAGUCGUACAAACGACAGUCGCUCUCUCCUUCGCCACUGACGCCGCGGUCUACAAUGAGGCGGUCAUCAGCCGGAUUGCGAGGACGCAAAUCGACAUCGUCGUCCGUGUCUUCUGUUCGGUCGAUACACCACCAUCACCAUUCUCAUUCGAAAGCGUCGUCUACGAGUUCGGCGGCAUCCUUCUCGGCAUCAAUGUCCAAGACGCCAAUGCAACGAGGCCAGUCGCCUCAUCACUCUGUAAAGGUGCUUCCGGCGACGCCUACCGCAGUGUCAUUCCCGUCGAAUAUUCGUCUGGUUCGAGCCCCGCCACCUCCACUCAAUAUUUUCAAUGAGGGGAUGCCAUCUGGAUCUUCUUCACAAGCGCCAGGGUCUCCAAACCCCUUUGCCUCUGGCGUGCAGUUCGCAAAACGCAAGAGAAACUUGUUCAAGGGCCCAUCGCUCAAUUUCGGUGCGCCUUCAAACAACCAACGAAACCCUGGAUCCGGGUCGCAUUCUCGUAGUGCGAGUGCCUCGGGGAUGGGGCGUCGAUCUGGAGAAGUCACCAUCCAAGAGGAAGACGAAAGUCUAAACGAGGAGGAAGAAGAGGUCGAAGAGGUGGACGCGUUUAGCCCGGUGAUUGGUGCACCUGGGGAAAUGAUCGAGGAGCAGAUUUUUGAAGAGGACGAGACAGCACCGACAAAUGCAGCGUUUUCGCUCAGUGCAACGAAGGAAGACCAUGAGGCCGACAGUGAUGCCUCAACAAUAGCUAAUGCUAAUACACCAGCACCCGCAGUGGGUGUGGAAAAGGCGGCUGCCUGA